AUGAAUCUGAUCUUCAAAACAAACAAAGACCCGUAUGUUGGAGUUAUCUAUAGUAACGUUCCCCACCAGUUGUUUCAGAAGCUCGUUGAACAAAAAGAGAAGGGAUAUAUUGUGCAAAUUCUUUGGGUGAAGGUAAGCGGAUAGAGACAGAACACGGAGAAGAAUGGUGUUUCAUUCUCAGUGUUGGGUGUUGUAGGACCCACUGAAACCGCGUCAGUGACGAGGAACCCCUAA